GUCAAAAAAUUCAACACACCAGCAGUGUGAGGAGACCUGAAAGUGGCACAUGGCAGAAGUGUGUGGCGAUGGAGACAGCAGCAAUGGGAGGCCGUACAGGGACCCAUGAGAGACUCUGGACCUGGCAGCAGCAUGAGGAGGCGGUAUAUAGGGGCCUAUGGCAGAUUAGGGGCCUGGCAGCAGCUAUGGGAGGAGGCCCGUAAUCUGCCAGCACCCUAUGUCAAAAAAUUCUACACACCAGCAGUGUGUGAGGAGACCUGAAAGUGGCACAUGGCAGAGUGUGGCGAUGGAGACAGCAGCAAUGGGAGGCCGUACAGGGACCCAUGAGAGACUCUGGACCUGGCAGCAGCAUGA